CAGUUGACAACGAGCCAGCCACUUGGCAGGACACGAUCCCGACACACGCCAAAAAAAUAGAACAGAAAGUACGCAUGCGCGAAAGUGACUUGCAUAACGCGAACUAAUCGAGAUCAUCAAGUGAUCACCAAAAGAAUAAAUUCUUCUUUUAAGAAUGUUCAGUAAACAUUUAAACGAGUGACAAUAAAACCAAAUUAACUAAACAUUAUUCCGGAUCGCGAAAAUAAUAUACAUACUUAAUUAAUGAUAAUAUCAUCCAAAAUGGCUGCAUCCAUAUAUGCCACCCCACCGCCAGAUCUGAGCAGCGAGGACACUGCUCUCUCCGACGUCUCCAACUCAUCGACACUCAACACGAACCGGAACAACCACAACCACAGUAGCAGUCACAACCACAGCCACACGAGCGGCAGCCACAGCAACAGCAGCAGCAACAAUCCCCAUGAAGCCGCAGGAGCAACACCCACAGCCACGACGGCCGCGUCCCGAGGAGCAACAGGAGUGGAAAUGGGAGGCAACUCCCCCACCACCGCCCACUUGGUCAAUGCAAUGGAGCUGGAACUGGAGCCCAAGACGAAGACGAAGCCAGCGGGAAGCGGCACAAAUGAGGCCAUGGAGCAGGAGGCAGAGGAGCAGGAGGCAAGGGCCAAGGACGCGGAGGAGGCGGAGGACGUUGGCGAUGCCAACAUGGCCACAAUGGCGGCAGCCAUGCAGCUGCAGCUCCUCGAGGCUCUGAGCGAUGCGGCCAAGAAGCGGCGCAAGCAGCACAAUCCCAGUCGCCUGGAGGCCCUCAACUUGAGUGGAGAGCCGAGUGGCGAAGCAGUGGGUGGUGGUCAGAGGAGGGCCGACUCCUCCACCGAGGACUACGAGGACAAGUUGUCCAAGAUGUUUCUGCCCAAGUCCAUUGAGCAGCUGAAGGAGACCUUCGAGAUGCUGCAGUAUCAGCAGAAACAGCAGCAGCAGGAGGAGCAUACCGAACCGGAAGCGGAAAUGGAAAGGGAUAGGGAGGCAGUAGCGGAAGCGGAAACGGAAGCCAUGACACCAGACAUAUCAGAGGGCGGCAAGCAGCGCGAGAAUCCCUACCACACCUACUGCAAGCAGUGCGGCGAGAGCUUCGAAACGGAGUUCAAGUUGAGCCUGCACAUGUUGCAGGAUCAUGGGGAGGAGCGAUCCGGAGAACAGGAUCCCGCCGACUUCCUGGCCUCCAUCAAGGUGAAGCUGGAGCGAGCCGAGAUCCCCAGUCCGCAGCAGGAGCACCACAUGCAGCAGGAGCUGACGAAUGGCCACGGCAAGGAUGUGGAGCGGGAGCAGGAGCAGGAGCACUGGUUCCAGGCCAUGCAGGCCCAGCACCAUCCGCACGGCCCCCAAAUGCCGCCCGCCUUUCCCUUUCCCCCGGAGGCGGCACUCGGUCCAGCUGGCUACCUGCCACUGCUCGGGAUGUCCGGAUUCCCGGGCGUCGAUGGCCUCAAUCGUCCGCCGCUGAGGAUCUUCAAUCCGGAGGCCUACUGCGAGCUGUGCAACAAGGAGUUCUGCAACAAGUACUUCCUCAAAACGCACAAGGCCAACAAGCACGGCAUCUUCGAUCCCGUUGGCGAGUCCAACAACUCGACCAACACUUCCAGCCACCACAACAACAACAAUAACAACAACAUCACCAGUAGCAACAACAACACCGGUGGUCAUCCCAAUCCCGGUAUGAGUUCCAUGGGUCAGAUGUUCCAAUUGCAGAGGGAGGCUCAAGUGGCGAAACAGGAUGUAAGUCAAGGUGGGGGAUCAUCCAAUCCCGUGGCCUCGGUGCACUGUGACAUCUGCUCGAAGCGCUUCACCAACAUCUUCGCCAUGCGACGCCAUCGGGCCAAGCAGCAUGAUGCCCAGCCAGGAUCGCAGGACUCGCCCAACUCCCAGACAGCCAUGCAGUCGCAAUCCUUGAGGGGAAGUCCCAAUGAGCAGCCGGUGCAGCCAGCAACCAUCAAGCAGGAAAUGCCGCAGGAGUCGGAGGUUAAGCCCUAUCAAUUGCCCGAGGGAUUCCGCGAGGACUUCACCCUGGAGCAGGAGGAGCUGAGCUUCGUGCCGCCACCCCGGAAACUACCAUCGCAUCUCCACCAGCAGGCGAAGGACUCCAACUUCAAUGCGGAGAAGCUGCGUCGCUUGGGCGUCCAGUUCCCCGAGUUCUUCUGCGAACUCUGCUUCAAGGAGUACGCCAAUCGGUACUUCCUGCGCACCCACAAGUGGAAGCGGCACGGCCUCUUCGUGCCACCCGAAGAAGUGACCCCCCAGCCGGGUGGCAAGGACGAGGCCCAGAUGCCCAGUGCCUGGCCCUUCAUGCCACUCAAUCUGAUGCUGGCCAAGGCAGCGGCAGCCACUUUGGAUCAGCAGGAUCAGGAACGCGAACCGGAAACGGAAACCGAGGCAGAACAACCGAGCAAGAGGAUCAAACUGGAGCAGGAACAGACUCCGCCGGAAAACUACGACGAGGAGAAGCUGAAUGGAUCGGUGGUCGGUCUGCAGAACCUGCAGAAGCUGCAGUCCAUGUUGCAGCAGCUGAACGACAUCAACGGCAAGCGACCGCUGCCCUGUCACCUUUGUGGCCAGGAGCAGGAGAACCAGUACGCCUUGCGGGCUCACCUGAUGACCGAGCACGCUGGCCAGAUGCAGCUGCCCAUGCCCAUUCCCAUGCCCCUGCCCGACCAGCAGGCGCCGCAUCCCAUGGUGGGUCUGUAUCCCCAAACGCCGCCCACCUCGGGUGCCCGAUCCCCGCCAGGCGUCGCUGAUCUCCGCUGCCAGCAGUGCGAUCGGGACUUCGCCAGCGCCCAGGAAUUCAAGCAACAUAUCGCCGAGGUGCACAUGGGCAGGAACGGAGUACCACUCGGUGGCAGUCCGCUGCGCGAGGGCUUCUUCACCCCCGAACGACCGGUGGCGCCCCCGGCAGGAGCAGCAGGCAAUCCAGGGGGGAAUCCGCCGGGAAACAGACCAGCCUACACGCUCACCCCGACCAGCAGCUACUGCGAGAUCUGCAACAAGGAGCUGUGCAACAAGUACUUCAUGAAGACGCACAUGCAGCGGAUGCACGGCAUCGAGAUCGAGAACGGGGCACAGAUCGGAGGCGUCGUGUGCAACAUCUGCAACAAGGAGCUGUGCAGCAAGUACUUCCUGCGGGUGCACAAGCACAACACACACGGCAUCAUCGAGGAGGGAUCUCCUUUACCGCAGCCAAGGGGUCAAAAUGGGGUCAAGAUGGAGGCAGCUGCCGCAGCAGCAGCCGCAGUGGCAGCAGCCACGCCGCAGCAGGAUCAGGAGCUGAAUGUUUCCCCCACCACAGUGGAGGGUAGCUCCUCCACUGGCGGAUCCAACCACGAGGUGUGCCCCUUGUGCUCGCGACAGUUCCGCAGCUUCAAGUGGCUGCGAUCGCAUCUGAUGAACGAACACGGAUCCGCGGGAGUGGAACGCCUGCGGGAGAUGGACACCACUGGCUCCUCCACGCGCAGCAAGCCGAACAGUCCCACGCUCAAGAUUCCCAACGGAAGUGGCAGCAAUCCCUCUGCAGCAGCAGCAGCAGCAGGAGCUGGAAACUCCGCUCCCAAUCUCGCCCAGGCGCUGCAGAACCUCAAUGCCCAGCACCUCUUUGGUCAGAUGCAACAGCAGCAGCAGAUGCCCAAGAUGCCACCACUACCCAUUCCUGGGAUGUUCGGAGAGCAAGCUGGCAGGUUCAAGGAGUACCAGUGCUCACUGUGCCCCUUCACCACGCCCUACUACGCCUUCCUCUUCAUCCACGAGCGUUCCCACGCCCUGCUGAACAACGGAGGCGAGGCUAUGGAGCUGCCCGUGGAGCCGCCGGCACCGCCAAUCUCCGCCAGAAACCCGGGCAAGUCCCGCAGCAAGUCCAGCAAGUCAGCGGUGGUUGCACCACUUGCUCCCGUGAAAUCCGAGGAGCCCGAAGCUCCCUUGGAGCCCACCAACCUCAGCACCUCGGCACCCAAAGUGGCGGCUCAUUCCCCAUCGGCGGGAGCAGGAUCUCCUCCUGCUUACUCCACCAAAGCAACCAGCUCAACUUCCCCGAAGAUCCAACGCCGCCGCUCCUCCUCGAAGCCCCCAACUACGCCGAACGGAUUGGGCAGUGGCGGCGGAACCCUCCACCGAUCGGCGGCCACUUCGCCGUUCGAGGGAUGCGGCGAGUUGGCCAACGGAAGCGGCAAGCCCGCCAGCUACGCGCAACCGGACCGAACGGAGGAGGCAUAUCAGAUGCAGGCCUUCCACCUGCAGCCCGCCGAUCCGGACUCCGAGAUGCAGUUCGCCCCGGCCCUCGUCUACCUGCCCGUCCGGGUGAGGGCCUCCGAGUCGGCCACGCUCAGCUUCCGGCUCACACCGGCCUAAAGGUGCCACAUGCAACAGGUUACAGUGUUGCCAGCGUAAGUUCAAGCCAUAGAAAAACCAAAUGCAACCCUGGAAAAUAUAGGGGAUUGGGAUA